AUGAUAUAGAAGCUAAAGAACCGUUCAAAUUAAUCCCAAAGAUCAUAUACACAAACCAAGAUAUGUCUCUAAUUAGGUGUUUAGCUUCGUAUUACCGUCGUAAUCUUCGCCUUCCCAGCCAUCGCAGGGCUCUUUCUAAUGAUCUAACACCCUCUCACAGUAGAAGCUUGGCUACGUUUGAUCAGAGGAGGUAUUUGUGGGGGAAUAAUCAUCCUCGUGAUCUCAUGAAUAAGAAGGAAGUGAGCGUCGAUCGAAUCGAUAAUAAACCAACACUGCCUUCUACACCACAAAAAUCUCCUUUUUCCACUUGGGCAAAAUGGGCCAUUGGGCUUAUUACGACAAUAUUACUACCUUUUGGGAACAAGAAAUUGCUACAAAUUGAAAAUGAGGUUGAGAUGGUCGAGAAUGUGGUAGAAAAUGCAGCAGUCGUCGUGGAAAAAGUCGCGAAUAUGACCGAGAAGGUGUCGUCGGAGGUGGCGGAGCGUUUACCGGAGGAUGGAAAGCUCAAAGAUGCAGUUGUUUUUGUUGAGCAUGCAUCAAAAGAAGUUGCAGAGGAGGCUCAUCUAGCCCAGGACAUCAUUCAUAAGGUUGAUGAGCUAGAGGAGGAGGUUAAGACACUGUUAGAUCCCAUUACGCAUCAUGGCAAAGUUUCCAAUGAAAAGUUGGAAACAAAUUGAGGCGAAAGAAGAUGACAUUGAGCACGAAACUAAGAACAGCUCCACGCUUUUUAUUUAUUAUUACUAUUGUAUAUAUGUACUUAGAUUAAUUAGACAUUGUGAGGAUACUCUUCUUAAAAUUGUGAUUGGUUUACAUAUUGAAGUUUCAUUAAACAGA